ACUUCCUUAAUGAUAAUUUUAACAAACGGAGAAAGUCGAUUGAUAACAUCCAAUUACAAAGCCGUUAACUUUGCCAGAGAAAUAAGAGGUCGACAGCUUAAAGGAAGUGUUAUCAAGGAAGUUGAAGUAGAUUCAGAGGCUUCUUGUCGACUGCAGUGUGUGGAAGAAAGUUCAUGUCUGUCGUACAACUUUGGACCCGGUCAAAACAAAAUGUUUAAAUGUCAACUGAGCGACUCUGAUCGGUUUACUGGACUGAGUAAUUUCGCUAAAGAUCCCGAAGUUCUUUAUAGAGGCAUAAAGAGCAUUUGUGAGAUCAGCAGUUCCUUGUGUGGGGAAAACGAGAUCUGUGUUCCCAACUAUAAAAACAACACUGCAGACUGUAAAUGUCGUUAUGCAUCUGGAUAUACUGGAAAACCAUGCGAAGCACAAAGCUGCCAGCAGCUCCUUAAAGAUGGCGUCACAUCCAGUGGAGUGUACACGAUCAAUCCAGAUGGAGGCAAACCAAUUCAAGUGCUGUGUGACAUGACCACGGACGGUGGAGGUUGGACCGUUUUUCAGAGACGUUUGGACGGCUCCGUUGACUUCGAUCGUGACUGGAAAACUUACAAAGACGGGUUUGGAAAUCUGAUCGGUGAGUUCUGGCUUGGAAACGACAAUCUUCACCGUUUGACAGCCGCUGAUGACGUCAUGUUGAGAGUUGACUUGGAAGACUUUGAAGGGAACAUCAGGUACGCUAAGUACGCCACUUUCAAUGUCACAGACGAGGCAGAAAAUUACACGCUCACUCNCUUGAAAGGUUAA